GAAAGAGAGAGAGAGGACCACACUCUACUCCACAGAUAGGCUCUUUGUUCAAUACCCGCAAAAACUCCCCUUUUCCCUUCACCUUCUCUUUGCUUCUUCUUCUUCUUCUCCUCUUCCUCCUCCUAACAAGUCCUCUCUUUUUCUUUCUUUUCUUUUGCUGCCCGUUUUCCUUACUUAUAAACCUCUUUCUAUGCUCUUUCAGCAAAACUACAUGCCUGGCGCCUUUCCUGCCGACAGACUCUAUCUGCAGUCCCACAACAAUCGUCAAAAGCAGCAAGAUCCUAACACACGUUCAAGGCAUGACUCUGAUCCCAUUUCGCGCAACACUCACCAACAACAACAACAAUCAUCACAGCUCUCAGGCGCAAUGCAAUACGAUCCUUCAAUCUCCUCCUUCUUAUACCCACAACCACAACAGCAGCAGCAGCAGCAGCAGCAACCACUACAACAACAACAACCACUUCCAUUCCAAGUAACAACGAACCAGCAUGACCCGCAUUUACCGUCACCGCAAUCAGCCUUUAGCCAAUACCAACAACUGUAUCAGCAAUACUAUCAUGAGCAAUCGCAGCAACAGCAACCGCAACAAUCACACUAUCUCCCAUCCAUCAUGGUGCCGCCACAAAGUCCAACACUCGCGAGUUACUACUUUGAAGGGUCAAACGGCUGGGUGAACCACUACUACGAUCCAAAGCGACGGCAGUAUCUGUCAAGUCGGGUGGAUCCAGAAUUUCAAAAACAAUACCAGCACCCACCACCACAACAACAGCAGCAGCAGCAACAUCAACGUCAUGGGACCUCUCACCACACUACCAGUAUGGCCGCCGCUUUGCCAACCCUGGAUAGCUUGGGUUUGAGUCCGCAACAGUUUCAAAUCGCCGUACAACAACAACAGCAACAACAACAACAGCAGCAACUCCUUCAAUUCCAACAGCAACAGCAACAGCAGCAAAAGACAUCUCAGCAGCAUAUUUAUCCUUACUCCAGCUAUGAUCUGAAUCAGCUACUUGUUUCCACCGCCGCGGUGGCAGCAACAAACCAGCAGCAACAGCAACAGUACCUUGCAGCAGCAGCAGCAGCAGCCGCUGCAGCAGCUGUGGCGCAGUCUUCGAGUGCAUCCACAACGUCGGCGGGUGGUGCAUUGUCACAGCAACAAACAGGAGGAGUUGUCUUCCCAUUGUCCAAUUUGCCACAGUGGACCGAAGAGUGGCGAGAAAACAUGCUGCAGUACGCUCACUCUCUCUACUCGACCGCGCCACGCAACCCAGAUCUGCUCACCAUCCUCCACGGCAUCCACAACGCGUAUCCUGACCAUCUACCCACGCUGCUGCUGUUGGCAUGCGUCUAUUAUACCUAUCAGGACUACCAGGCGUCGUUAAGGUACAACCAGCUGAUUCUCAAGUACGACCCGCAUUAUGUGGAAGCAAUGAGCAAUAUCGGUACCACCUUGCGGAGCAUGGGGCGCACUGCGGAGGCAGAACAAUGGUGGUACCAGGCCGUGAAACUUCGUCCAGGCUAUUGGGAUGCAGUCGAGAAUCUUGUUGGUGUCUUGUGUUCGACAUUAACUAAUCCCAGUGAAAGCCAACAACAGGACAAGGGAUCGACAAAGAUUGCUGUUGCAUCAUCAUCGUUAUCGGCACUGUCACUGUCUACACCUACUGCAUCUUCUUCUUCUGCCGCUACACCCCUUUCAAUAGGAGCAGCAGCCCUAUUAGGCACAACAUCCGCAACAACCGCCUCUUCAUCAAUAUCACAAACGUUAAACAAUGCCACAUUAACAAAUGACGAUGGCAAAAAACGUCAACAACAACAACAACAACAGGUCUAUCCACGGUACAAAGAAGCAUUGCGCGUGUGCGAGUUUGUCGAGCAAUACUUUUUUAAAGGCCAAGAAACAGCAACAAGCAGCGGCCCGAUCAAAGCGCCGAAACAGCUUCCGGUGCACCAGCUGCCGCGGAUGCAAAACUUGUUUUAUGCCAAGGGCAAUCUCAAAUAUGCACUUGGCGACGUGAUCGGCGCACGGCGAGAGUACGAAAAGGGUCUUGAGCUGGUGUUUGGCGGUACGAAUCUUGUUGCAGUGGGCAACCACAUUGCACUGGCGUGCGGUUCGACUGCUGUCAUGGAAGCCACACAGUACGGCAAAUUGUUGGACCCAUCGGCGUUGCCGUUGGUUCUGCUUCAACCCGAUCAGGCCGUGCGCAUCAUUCAAAUCGCAUUUGCUCAGUCAAGCGGGGUCCUGCCUGGUCUUGUUGGCUUGACUGCAGGAACGGGCACCACCACAACGACAACGGCGACAGGAGGCGACACUACUGCAAAUGCUACCAAUGCACUUCAACAGGCGAAUCAGACAACCUCGACCAUCCUUCUAACGCUGGCCAAGCUUUUCCAAGACAUGAUGAACCCAUCCACGCCAGCCAUUGCAGCUGCCGCCACAGCAGAGGGACGUGCAGCACCGACCAUGUCUCUCUUAUUGCCGCUGUACUACCUCAGUCUUGCGCUUCAUCCAAGUCCAUCGACAGCAAACAACUUGGGUAUCAUUCUGAGCAACAUUUCAGGCGCAAGCGCUGCUCUUGCAGUAAAACUGCCAACGACUGCAACAUUACCAACCCAGCAGCAGCAGCAGCAACAGCAAGCAACGACGGGUACAAUGCUGGCGAUGCAAUACUACAUGUAUGGUCUGCAGCUGGAUAACCGCCAUCCACACCUGUACACCAAUCUAGGCUCGCUUCUCAAGGACAUGGGCCAUCUCAACGAAGCAGUCUGUAUGUACGAAAAAGCGGUCGAGUGCAAUCCUCGCUUUGAUGUGGCGUUGGCCAACCUGGGCAAUGCCAUCAAGGACAUGGGACGUGUGCAAGACUCGGUGCAGUGGUACCGACGUGCGGUCGAGGUGAAUCCCAACUUUGUCGAUGCCGUCUGUGGUCUGGUCAAUUCGUUGGGUGGUGUAUGCGACUGGCGUGGACGUGGCGGUGUUGGCAACGAGGCGACGGUGGAUCAGCUUGGCAACUUUUAUCCGGCAGCAGGUGACAAGACGGCGCGCAGUGGAUGGAUUGGUCGCGUGGUAGAGAUUGUUGAAAAGCAACUCGACGAGGGUGCGGUGUGGGGUGUAGGCGUGCUCAAGACACAGGUGGAUCAACAAGGCAAGUCGCUGGGUGAACAUUUUGCAGAGAUUCUAGUGCAGUCGAACGCUUCUUCUUCUCCCCUUGGUGUGGUCAACAAUGGUGAUCCAGCACGGUUGGUGGAGCUGUGGACAAGGCGUUUGGCCCACUUUUCGGACCUGCAAAGCUCGACGACGGACAACAAAAAGAACGAAGGCGGUUGGCUGAUUCGUCUGAUCGAGCGUAUCAUGCGGCGGCUUCAGCGCAACUGGUACUUGGAACAGUAUGGCGCGACGGUGCAUUCAGACUUGCCACAGAGUGCUAUUUUGGUGACCAAAGAAGCGUCACAACGGUAUCAGCGGCCACUGAUACCCUCGAGUCUCGCAGCACCGCCAGUGCCGACGGUGCUGCCUUUCCACACGUUCACAUACCCGCUGACUGCCCGCGAGGUUCGCCUGAUCUCGCAUCGGAAUGCACUGCGCAUAUCGCACGGAACGCUGACAUCCUCUUGGGUCGCUGGGCAUGUAUACCCGCCUCCAGCACCACCCGCACCACGGCUCAAGGUGGGCUAUGUCUCGUCCGAUUUCAACAACCAUCCACUAGCGCAUUUGAUGCAGUCGGUGUUUGGUUUCCAUGACACCCACAAGUACCAGGUGUUUUGCUACGCAACAACGGCGAGCGACAGCUCACCGUACCGUCAAAAGAUUGAACGCGAAGCAGAGGUGUUCAUUGACGUGUCGAGCUGGUCGAACCAGCAAGUUGUGGAGCGCAUCAUCAGUGACGGCAUCCACGUCUUGGUCAAUCUGAACGGCUACACCAAGGGCGCGCGCAACGAGAUAUUUGCAGCAAGACCCUGUCCGGUGCAGUGCUCGUUUAUGGGCUUCGCCGGUACGCUGGGCGGUGGCUGGUGUGAUUGGAUCAUUGCCGAUCCGAUUGUGUGUCCACCUGAAAUGGUGAGUUGUGAAGUGUGGCGACAACGGCGACAACAACAGCACCACCAACUACACGUCUCGCUGUUUGUUGAAGACGGGGGCGAUUUCGAGGGCGACAUUGAUCCGGAAGAAAGCAGCGAUGAUUUCGUAUACACCGAAAAGUUCAUUUAUAUGCCACACUCGUACUUUGUCAACGACCACAAGCAAGGAUUCCGGGAAGAACAUGAGACAACGACGGACAAGAACGCGGCACAACAACUGAUGCUUCAACAACCACCACCCCCGCCACCGCAUGCCGAUGAUCACGAAGGGCUUUGGGCAGUCGAGGAAGACCGAAGAUGGUCGAUGCGACAAGAAGUGUUUCCGAACCUGCCACCGGAUGUGGUCAUUUUCGCCAACUUUAACCAGCUGUACAAGCUCGAGCCAUCGACGUUCCGGAUGUGGCUGCGCAUCUUGGAGCGGGUGCCCAAUGCGAUCCUGUGGCUGUUGCGGUUCCCUCCAGCCGGCGAGCGCCAUUUGCGACGAUGUGCGACCGAAUGGGCCGGCUCUCAGACAGCCAACCGGGUGAUUUUUACGGAUGUGGCGCCCAAACAUGUGCAUAUCCAUCGAGGCCGUGUGGCCGAUAUCUUUUUGGACACGCCUGAAUGCAACGCGCAUACGACGGCAGCGGAUAUUCUCUGGUCUGGCACACCGAUUGUGACGUAUCCCAAAUACAUGCACAAGAUGUGUUCGAGGGUGGGUGCUAGCAUUGCGCAGGCCACAGGCUAUGGCGAGGAAAUGAUCGUCGCGACGGAACAGGAGUACGAGGAUCGAGCAGUGAACUUGGCGCUGGGACUCAAGUAUACAUACGAAACGUCGCCCAGAGACGGCAAGACGCAUCGACAAGGACAUGGCGAGCUGAUGUCGUUGCGGAAACGGCUGUUUUUGACGCGUGAAGAUAGCAGGCUGUUUGACACCUGUCGAUGGACGCGUAAUCUCGAACGUGGCUAUGCGGAGGCGUGGAGACGAUGGGUGACGGCAGAAGAAUUCGAGGAUGUUCAUCACGAUACGAAUACAGCUGGCUGCAUUUGGGUGUCUGAUCCAGAUGAUUAGACUGCUUUUUUACUACUUUUUACUACUUUUACUUUUUCCCUCUCUUCAUACUCUACACUUUUCUUUUUACCAUACAUAGUUUCUUCCUUUUCUAACCACUGCACACAUCAUCGUCAUAUCGUCCUAUCGUCAUCGUGACACGUACGCACCCAUACACACACCUUUUUAGAUAUUUCUCUACUUACGCCGAUCCAUAUGAGUAAGAAAAGAAAAAAAAAAGCCGGGGAAGCAACAAAGCAAGAAGAAAACAAAAAGCAGACUGGUUGUUGUGUUGGAUGGAUGGAGGGAUGUCUUAUUCUUAUUUGUAUUUCAUAUAACGUCACUUGUACCUUAGGCUAUGUGUAUGUUUGUGCGUGUGUGUGUGUGUGUGUGUGUGUGUGUGUGUUUGU